GCCGCGCUGCCAUGUUGCCGAGCCUCCCGCGGCGCCAGGGCCCGGCGGCUGUGAGGGGAACAAAAGCGGCGCCGAGCGCUCCCCGGCCUUCGCUGCGCGGCCUUCCCUCCCUCGGCUCGGCUCGGCGGCAGGCGGAGCUCGGCACCGCGCGCUCCUUUUUAAACCUCCCUGGGUUUGAACCGUGCUGUUCAGUGGCGGAGUUUGAGGGGGGCCGUUUUCUUCCCGUCGCGGCUCGGACUCGGCGGAGGCGAUGGAAAGGGCUGCCGAGCAGUCCUGGAACAGCUACACCUACCAGGUGAGCCAGCACAGCGCCGACAUGUUGAAGAAACUCAACGGCCAGAGGAAGAACGGCGGCCGCUUCUGCGACGUGGUGCUGCGGGUGGGCGACGAGAGCUUCCCGGCUCACAAGGCCGUGCUGGCCGCCUGCAGCGACUACUUCGAGUCGGUGUUCGGCGCGCCCGUCGACGAGGCCCAAGGCCGUGAGCUGGAGAUGCACACCAUCAGCGCCAAGGUCUUCAGGGACAUCUUGGACUUCGCCUACACCUCCCGCAUCGUGGUGAGGCUAGAGAGCUUCCCCGAGCUCAUGACGGCCGCCAAGUUCCUGCUCAUGAGGUCGGUCAUCGAGAUCUGCCAGGAGGUCAUCAAGCAGUCCAACGUCCAGAUCAUGGUGCCACCAGCCAGGGGAGACAUGAUGGUCUUCCGCCCUGCCAAUGUGGACUUCAGCUUUGCCCUGGACUUGGCUGCUGCUGCUUGUGCCAAUGGCAACUUUGUGGGGGAAAAUGGACACCUGCAGGGUGCUGGUGAUGUCAAGGUAGGUAGCCCUGGUGCCCCAGCCCCAGCUCCUGCCCUGCCGCCCCUGCAGGGUUCUUUACCUGUGAUGGAUGGCUUGGUGACUUCGCCUGCGGCACCGACCCUCGUGGCCGGUCAGUUCCAGGCUCCGGUGAACUCGGUGGGCACUGACCAUGCCAAGGUGGUCAAGAGGGGGCGAGGGCGGCCUCGGAAGGCUCCUCUGUUUGACUUGCCGCUGCUCACGGCUCCGUUGGCCAUGAGGGACGAGGGGUUUUAUCCCUGCAGCUUCUGUGGGAAGGUGUUCAAGAACGCCAACCGCCUCUUGCUCCAUGAGGCGCAGCACACAGGGCUGAAUGUGGAACUGGGGUCGGGGGAGAAUCAGCUUCCAGGACUCGGGGACAAUCUGCUAGCCUCUUCGAGCAGCCUCGACAGUCCCCGUAAGAGAGGCAGAAUGAGGAAAAACGUGGCCUGUGAGCUCUGCGGCAAAGCUUUCAGGGAUGUUUACCACUUGAACCGCCACAAGCUCUCGCAUUCAGGGGAAAAGCCAUUUGAAUGUCCCAUCUGUCACCAGCGUUUCAAGCGGAAGGACCGGAUGACCUAUCACAUUCGGUCUCACGACGGAGCAGUGGGCAAACCCUACAUUUGCAUCAGCUGCGGGAAGGGCUUUUCCAGACCGGAUCACUUGAAUGGCCACAUCAAACAAGUGCACACUGCAGAGAGGCCCUUUAAAUGUCAGACCUGUGAAGCUUCCUUUGCUACCAAAGACCGUCUACGCUCUCACUUGACAUGUCAUGAAGAGAAAGUUCCAUGUCAGGUGUGCGGGAAGUACUUGCGUGCAGCCUAUAUGACUGAUCAUAUCAAAAAGCACAAUGAAGGACCAAAUAACAUCUGCAACAUCUGUAACAAAGGUUUUUCUACUGCUUCCUACUUAAGGGUCCAUAUUAAAACCCACCAUGGUGUCCCUCUUCCCACCUCGCACACUUCUGAUCCUUGUGACAGGCGGUGCAAGCCCCAGACUCAGAUCAUGAUUCACAAGCAAACGCAGAGCGGGGAGAUGGCUUUUCACUUUGACAGAACACGCUCGUUACAAGAUGGUGAGAUGGAUGGGCUGAAGUGCCAGCAUCAGGACUCGCAGGACAACUCUGACUCCUUUGGCGAUCUCUCAGAUAUCAGUGACCUUAAGUCUCCUCUGAAACAUGACCAGGAUGAGUCCUUUCAGUGUGACCUCAACAAUGGGAAAGUUAAAGUUGAGACCAACGCUGAACUAUACGCAGAACCGAAGAAGUACACCUGCCCAGACUGUGGCUCUGUGUUUAAGUCCAAGUCCUACCUGAAUAAGCAUAUGCUAAAGGCCCACGUCAAACCCAGCGAGGGGCCACUGAAUGACUUGCCUACCAGCCUAAGCUCUCCCUUUUCACCCCAUCAGAACAUGUCUCUCUUGGAGUCGUUUGGAUUUCAGAUUGUGCAGAAUGCGUUUGGCUCAACCUUGGCAGAUCCUGAUCCUAGUCCAGAUCAAGAACCCAAGCAGAGCACUGAGGACCCUGCUGACCAAAAGUGAGAUCUUGUUCAGGAGCAACUCCUCAAAAUACAAACCAUGGUCAGGGUUGAGAAGCAGUGUUCAGAAUGACCACAUUUUUUUUUAAAGAAGACAUCCAAAACAAAACAGUGCCGGUUGGGGUGGGAUUGAAAAGCUGACAGUAACUUGUGGAUGGUGUGGUCUGUACCAUCGUGAUCAGAUAUUGUGUACUCCAGGACAUUGCCUUGGGCAAAUGAUGAUUCCUUGCACAGUAGGUAUCAGUUGCCCGAAAUCUUGGAUGCAGCAGGUGUAUUUGUACCUCAUUCAAUAUGUGAAUCAGGAGUUGGCUCCUGCAGUUGAAUUUUCCAUUUGACUGAUUCUAAUCAGAUUGUUGCAGUGAUAUACCCCAAUGCCAGCUAGCAAGUGUCAGUCUGAUGAAAUUUGUUCAAAAUGAGCAAUUUGUAUUUUUAACAUACUAAAAAUAUACAAUAAUGUCUUUUUUAAAAUUUAGAAAGGACAUUAUGGAAUGAAUUAGAUAACAAGUGUUAAAAUCAUUUUAGUAAUAAACUGUGAUUUUUUUUUAAAAGUAUUUGUAACUUCAGAUCCCAGAAGGAGCAUCUCUUGCAGAAGCCAUUGAUUCUUUUUGGGUUCCCUCUUUGCAAAGACUUAGGUGCACAACAAAUAGAAUAUUAUUUGAGUGCUCUAGUUGAUAGAGAGUGAAAGUCAGAGUCAGCCAUGGAUUCACCUGUAGAGUAAGUACACUUCUAUACUUGGCGUCAGGCAGCAUUUGUGAAGAGGGAAAAAAAGAGUUAACGUUUCUGUUCAUCAUCCUGAGACGUUAAGACUUUUUUUUCUGUCCGUGGGUGCUGCCUUACCCAUUGAGUGUUUCCAGCAUCUUCUGUUUUUAUUUCAAAUUUUCUACAUCUGCAGUAUUUAGGUUUUGAACAGUCUAUUACAACUCCUUUAUAUUUAAAAAAAACUUCUCAAAAUCCAAACCUCUCUGGCAGGGUUUCAACUGAUUGCCGUAUGGGUUUGUGCUGAUAUCCAGUUUGGUAUUUGUGGCUAAGUUGUGGAAAAAUGUAUCUAGAUGACAUCAGAAGAAGAAUUAUUUGUAAACAUAUUUACAAGCUCAUUGAGACAAAGAUAAGCCAAAAAUCUACUGAUGUAUGUUUAACUACAAAGUAUGCUGUCAAGUUUCAAAUUGAAAGCUAUCUUCAGUUAUUAACUACUGGUGGAAAGAGCCUGUAGUCUUUUGUAAGCACGCUACAAUGUUUUAUGUCCAGACUUUUGGUAAUUUAAUCCUUUUUUAAGCAUUUCUUCACUGAAGCUUUUUAACGCACAAAAGCUCUUCAAUCUAAUUCAGUUUUUAAUGAAACCAGUUUAAGUUACCUGAGGCUUCAUUCUUGUAUCAUUUUCCUGUGCAUUUUAACCAAUGUUGUGAUCUUUUGAUAUCAGACACCACCAGGUUACUUACUAGUCACCUCUUAAGAGUAGUGAUUGACUACAUCCUAAUAGGAUGAAAGAAUUCUGUUGGAAAUGUUAUAUUAAUUUAAAUAAUUAAUGGAAAAAAAAGAAUCUGGGUGGGCACUUGAGCUUUUUGUCCAGGUUAUGGGAAGCCUGAAGUUUGGUUAUAAAACCUUUGAAAUAUGUGGAAUAAAAAUGUGUGAGAUGGGAAAAAGGGCCAUUAGGCAUGUCAAUUCUUCAAGGUUCUUGAGGACAAUUGCACCAGACUUUCAUUUCGUCAAUAACAGGGCAAAUGCAGCUCUAGGAGUUUAUUGAUAAUUUAUUGAUUGCCAAUGGGGUGAAAUUGAACUAAGUGAAUUUAUAAAAACAGUUAUGUGAUGCUUUGGUAAAAUUGUCUUUGGUAAGAAAGAGGGAAAAAGGAACUGAAUAUAUUUGAUGCCUCGAUUCUGAAUCUUGUACAUCAUGUCUUCAGCCUGAGAUGUGCAUCUAAAAACUGUUUAACCAAUGAAACCCCUGUUUAAAUGUAGCAGAGCUAAAGGGUGCAGUGUAAAGAAAUGCCUAUUACUUAGUAAUGUGAUUAAAAUUAGGUGUUUAUUUGGCUAAUGUCAAACCAUCUAUUCUCUUUACAGUAGAAUGAUAGUAAAUGCUUUAACAUUUAUAAACUUGGCCUCACCUUAAAAUUAAGCUGCAAACUGAAUUCUUUGGGCGUGGUACUCAUUCUAAUUACCACAUUGAUGAUUCCAACCAAAGGAUGGUCAUUUCAGUCAUGGAGUUGCUUAUCAGUUAUUUUUGGAUUGGUUGCUCCAGUAUCUGGACAUGAAGGGUAAAUGUGGAUAACUGGCCUUGUUUGAGUGCUUUUUUUCUUUUGGCUGAUUGUGGAGCCUUGAAGCUGACAGUUGCAGUAAAUGCUGUAGCACCUGACGGGAGAAGGAUUUAAGGUGGUGAAUCAGCAUGGGAGAACUGGGGGGUGGGUUAGGGGCAGCAGAGGUGAUUAGUGAGGAGAAAUCAACAGAGGAAAAAGAAAACUUUAAAAAUAUUUCAAAGAAACACAAUGUUUACAAACUCUAAUUGCAAGUAAACUCAAGUUGUCUUUCAGUCGCCAGAAUCAUGUCCAAAACUGAUCGGGCGGAAGGGUCACAGAGAUGGUUGAGAUACCAAUUGAGCUUUGAUACAGGAGACCACUUGUAUAUUUAAAGAAACCCAGGCCCAAGUGUAGUUCCCCAUCUGACUGCAGGUAUGGCUGAAUCUGGAUCCUGCCCUUUUCAUUCGAGUUUCUGUGAUUUUAUUUGGAUGGGAUUAAAAUUCUUUUGCCAUUAGUACUUUCCCAUUUAAAUUAAUAUUAUAGAUACUUUAGUAAUGCGUGGUUAUUUAUCCUGUUUUGUCUUUUUGUUUUUUUUAAAUAUGUAUAUGUAUUUAUAUAUUUCUUGAGGCUUUGUACUGGGGAAUUUUCUACUUGGAUGACUCAUGAGUUUGGAACACUUCCUCGGGUCAGGUCUGGCAUGUGCACCACAAUGUUUUUCAAAUAAAACCUUUUCCUGUCUAUCAGCUACCCCUGCAGCUUCUCUGGAGUAGAACUAACGUAUUGUGAUCCAGAGACACCUCUUGGGAACUAGUUGAAGGUGUUUAUAACUUAAUGGCUUCAUACCCUGCAGAGAAAGAUCAUCCUCCAUAUCAUCUAUAUUAAUCCACAUAUUGGAGAUAAAAGAGCAGGGGACACAUAUCUGAUUCACUCCCUUUUUUUGCCUCAUUUGUUUAAAUGUCUAAAACUUAAGAGUCAUCCUUCAUUUGUCACUGGAUUAAAAAUAUCUUGAUAAACCCAGAAAUAGUUUCCCAAUAAAUGUCCUGUUUAGAUUAAGAUUUAUUGGUCUGUUUACAUUUCAAAGACUAAUUUAUUACUUAUGUACAUUAUUCAUUUUUAUCAUGUUGUUACAAAUUUUGAAUGAGACCUGUUCAGUUUCCAGGUUUGAAGUUUUGAUCAUUAACUAGUAGGCUCACCUCACCCUAAUGGUGUAAUGGGUGAGAUACAUGACCUCGCAGUCCUCCUGAUUACUUAUUCAGUGACCUUUGGGAACUGCUUCGGGUUGUCGAGUGUGGAGAGGACUAUGAUGAAUUAUUUUCUUUCCAAACACUGGGAACUAUCCUGCUAACACUUAUGGAAUCAUAGAGAGAUGCAGCACACAAACAGGCCCUUCAGCUCCCAAAGUCUGUGCCAAUCAACAUCUGUUUACACUAUUUCUACACUAAUCCCAUUUUUUUUAAUUCUCCCAACAUUCUCAUCAACUAUCCCUAGACUGCCAUACAACCUACACACUAGGGACAGCUUAUAGUGGCCAGAUAAUCCACCAACCCACGUGUCUUUGGGAUGUGGGAGGAAAUUGGAGCACCCUGAAGAAAGCCCUGUAGUCAUGGACAGUGCACCAAAUUACUGCCAUUCUCCUGAUCAUUAUGCAAUGACUUUGCUUGAACUUGCUUGUGUGGCCACAGGAUUAGGUCUGGCUGUGUUUUUCUCAUCCCAGUUAAGAUCACUGCUGCCACUCCAUCGUCUUGGCUCACACAAAAUAUUAUGGUACUGGAGGCUAUUGUGUCCUUCAAAACUCAGUGCCUUCAUGAGCAGAGGGAAGAACAUCACUGAGUGAAAAUGCCAUGAUCUUUAUAAAAGUAGUUAACAGAAAUAUAUGCAGGAGGCUUUUUUAUAUUAAGAAUUUAGUAUAAUGGGGAGAGGAUGGAAAGUAAAUUCUACUGAUAUGUCAUUGGCUCAAAGCAUUAACUCUGUAACUCUUUCCACAGAUGCUGCCAGACUAUUUUUAGCGUUUUCUGUUUUUAUUUCAGAUUUCCAUUAUCUGUGGUUUUUAUUUUGCUUCUUAAGUACCUUAUUGGAUACAAAACAUGAUGCUGGAGGAACUCAGCAGGCCAGGCAGCAU